AUGGAUACCAACUUCAAGGACAGCAAGCUCCCUGAAACCAAGGAGUCUGCUGUUAAUAAUGCUGAAAAUGCCUCUUUAGUUUUUGGAAAUGGGAACCUUGUAACUCCUCAGAAACACUCGCGCAAAGUGACUCCUAAUUAUUGCACACCGGAUAGUUUUAAAUCACCUUUGAACUUUUCCUCAGUAACUGUAGAGCACUUGGGAAUUACAUCUGACAGCUUUGUGAAGAACUCUUCUGGAAAGUCAUCAUCCUACCUUAAAAAAUCCAGACGACGCUCUACAGUCGGUGCCCGGGGCUCUCCUGAAACAAACCAUCUUAUUCGUUUCAUUGCUCAACAGCGGAAUUUAAAGAAUGCAGAGAAAUCUCCUUUGACACAGAAUUCCCAUUUUCAGGGCAGCCCUGUACUAUAUCAAAAUGUUAAUUCUUUAAGAGAACGAAUAUCUGCUUUCCAGUCGGCUUUUCACUCCAUAAAGGAAAACGAGAAAAUGACUGACUGUCCUGAAUUCUCAGAGGCAGAAGGAGAGUUCAAGACAACAGGCUUGACCAAAAAGGAAAAUGUUGGUGAAUGUCAGCUCUCUGAGUUCCUUGCAAAGUCAUCGUCCAAACGUCAGAGAAUAUCCUCUCAGAGCACCUCUGAUGAAAAUCUAACUGGUACAGUUGGUCUCCAGAUAGUCAGUAUUGCUACUUCUUCCGAUGCAGGCAGAAUGUGCGCUGUUGAAACUUCUCUUGCAGAUCUCUCUGAGAAAUCUUCUGAAUCUGGUUUAACACAGUCUGGAUGGUUAGUUGAAGAGUCUGUUCCACUUCCAGAACUCACGGAGGAUUCAGGUGGAAUCAAGGUUGCUGACUGUGUAGAGGGCAGAGGAUCAUGCGAUGCUGUUUCACUUGACAAAUUUACACAAGUGAGCACAGAUACAGCUCCUGAAGUCAGGUCACCGGUCAUUGCACUGUGCAGAAGGGACAGUCCGUCCUCUGAGACCAUCGUUCUGCGUUCUGUGCUGAAGAAACCUUCUCUUAAGCUAUGUCUAGAAAGCCUCCAGGAGCACUGUGACAACCUUUGUGACGAUGGGACACAUCCAAGUUUAAUCUCAAAUCUUACAAACUGUUGUAAAGAACGAAAAGCAGUAUCGGCCUGUCUAAAUAUGAGGAAGAGGAAGAGAGUUACUUUUGGAGAGGAGCUAAGCCCUGAAGUGUUUGACGAAUCUUUGCCAGCAAAUACACCAUUGCGUAAAGGAGGAACGCCUGUUCGUAAAAAGGAUUCAAGUGAUGUCAGUACCCUGCUACUGGAGCAGUCACCAGUUCCUGAGCGGUUACCGCAGCCAAAUUUUGAUGACAAGGGGGAGAAUCUUGAAAACAUAGAACCUCUUCCUGUAUCGUUUGCAGUUCUGAGUCCUCUUAAGUCUUCAAUCUCUGAGACUCUUUCAGGCACUGAUAGCUUUAGCUCUUCAAAGAACCACGAGAAAAUAUCCUCCCAUGGAGUUGGUAGAAUAACACGGACCUCUAACAGAAGAAGCCAAUUGCUUAGUUUUGCAGAAGAGAGUGUUUGCAGCUUAUUUAAUACAGAAGCUCAGCCCUGUAAAGAAAAGAAAAUUAAUAGGAGGAAGUCUCAGGGAAGCAAGCGCACAGACAGAGGACUUCCUAAAAAGAAUCAAGUUUUAAAAAGUUGCAGAAAGAAGAAAGGAAAGGGAAAGAAAAGUGUUCAGAAGUCUUUAUAUGGGGAAAGAGAGAUUGCUUCUAAGAAGCCGCUCCUAAGUCCUAUUCUAGAGCUGCCGGAGGUCUCUGAGAUGACGCCUUCGGGUCCAAGCGUCCGGAGGAUGUGCCGAGAUGAUUUCAACUCAAAUGGUGAACUUGAAGAAGUGAAGCUUGCUAAAAGAAAGACUCUCUUGCUUCAGAACCCAGAAGAUUUGCAGAUGAAUCAAGGCUUUAAUAAGUACCAUGUAUCUGAAUUCUGCAGCUCUUACAUAAAAAGUUCUUCAUUGCUUGUUAAUGCUACUUUUGAUCAAGAUUCAGAUAUAAAUACUCCAGAAAUUAAUGACAAUAAAAAUAUUUCAAAAGCAGAAAUAAAGUUGGAAAGUCAAAAUGAACGAAAAACUGGGACUGAGAAUGGAAAUAGUCAUGUUUCUUGUGCUUCUGUGAUUGAAAAACCCAUUGUAUCAGAUAAUCCAAAGCCUGAUUUUAUCCUGCAGUCCCAAGAAUUUUCUGCUUCUGGUCAAAAUGUGGAAAACCCUUUUCAAAUAUUUAAAAUUUUAGAAGAUAUAAACAUAAAAUGUGAAAAACCAGAUGAUUUCUUAGUAGCUACAGAAGGAAAACUGCAGACCAAGCAUUUAAUGUCUGACUUACAAAAAGAAUGUGAUUGUUCAGAAGCUGUCUUAAUUGACAUUACAAAAGAAAGUAAAAAUCAAAGUGAGGAUUUGGGAAGAAACUCCGCAGAAAGUAGUGGUGUGAAUUGUAGAGCAAGGAAACAGAGAAGACGCUCCAUGUAUUAUUCUGAUGGUCAGAGUUUACAUUUGGAAAAAAAGGGAAGUCACAAAGCGUCCUGCAGUAUGAGCAGCUCUGCAGAAAUUAGUUUAGGAAAUUCUGAACUGUACAAAGAUUUAUCUGACUCCAUAGAGCAAACCUUUCAGAGAACAAAUAGUGAAACAAAAGUAAGACGCAGCACAAGGCUCCAGAAGGAUGUGGAAAAUGAAGGGCUUGUGUGGAUUUCACUUCCAUUUCCUUCCACCUCCUGCACUUCUCAGAGAACCAAAAGGAGAACAAUAUGUGCAGUUGAUAGCAGAGGAUUUGAAAGCGUGUCCUUCAGACAGAAACCGUGUACGCCGCCCUCCACAUCAGGUAGAGAAAACAGUGAGGGCUUUGCUGGAAGUUCUCCUUUACCUGGGAACAGGAGGAAAAGCUUUUGUACAUCUACACUUGCAAAUACUGAAAGCACUACUCAGUCAAAAUGCUACAAAAGAAGAUCCUUCCUCCGGCAGAAGGAAGAAAGCCCUCUAAAUGACGUGGAGAGAAGUGGACAUACUGGAGAACUAAAGCAGUAGCUGACACUUCCUGCAGAGCAUCUGGCAAGAGGGAAGGUACCGUCCAUGCUUAAAAGAUUCUUUCAUUCUGCUUCCCGUCCUCUGUUCAACUUCAGUGUUUUAAA